AUGCUUGUACUUUUUAUUUGGAACUUUACUUAUGGUUAUUUAUAUUCUUUAAUAUUUUCUUUCUGUUCUGAAGCCUAUUCUGAGUCUAUAAAAGAGCAAUCUGUUGGUAUUUUAAAUAUAUUCUGGCCUGGUGGAGCCGUUGCUUUUAUUUUCUAUGCCUAAGUAGACGCAAACUGGGUAAACCACAUAGUUUAUUUCUGUGGUUAUCCCAUAUUCUUCCUUAACAUUGCCUUUUUUUUACUUAAAUCUCAAAAACCUCCUUAAAAUGACCUCUAGUAGCCAAUCACUGACGCAAAUCUUAAUAUCGACUGUCCUUACAAAGAAGCCCGUGAAAAUCAAAGGAACUUCAUUUAAGAUCUCCUUGAAAAGUUCAAGCUCCUCAAAAGCGAUCCAGCAUAGUUAAAAAACAGCAUCAUUUUUAUGACUGUUUUCAUCCUUGCCUAACUCUCCUAUGCUUGUCCAUUUAUAGCCUUCAAUAGUCUAGGCGGAAACCUCUAAAACAAUGUCAUGGCAAGUAUUCUAUGUGAUUUUGCAGGGUCAUUUGUAUAGUCUAGACUUGUACUUUUUUUAUUAGUAGUGAAGAUUUCUAUCUUUAGUUUUUGA